UACGACGAUGUUUUUCUCAGAGAGUCGUCCAACAAUAAAAUCAAGAGAGUUUUGUUUGAUUGUUUCAAAGUGCGAGAGUGCAAAAUGGCUCAACAAGUUUUAUUUGACAUACAAAAGAGUGAUAAGUGUGGAAGAUAUGCGACAGCAAGCAAGAAUUUGGCGGAAGGAGAGACGAUUUUUUCCGAAAUUCCGUUUGCUUUUGGUCCUAAAACAGACAGUCCAGUGGUUUGUUUGGGUUGUUGCACCCCAACUGACGGGUCAAUCUUGUGCUCGUCUUGUCAAUGGCCAGUUUGUGGUCCAGAAUGCGAACAAAUUCCAGCUCAUAAACAACAAGAAUGUAAAAUAUUUUCUAAAGAAGGAGUAAAAUUUCAGAGUGUGUCUGAUCCGACUGAUAUCUGUCCCCAAAUUGAGUGUAUUACACCCUUGAGGGUUUUACUGACAUUAGAAACGAAUUCAGAACGAUGGAACAAGGAAGUGGAGAUGAUGGAAUCUCAUUCGGAAGAGAGGAAGACUAAACCGGUUUGGGAAUUUAAUCAGAUAAACGUGGUGAACUUUCUAAGAGGACCAUGUAAACUGGACAGAUUUGACGAGGACCUUAUACAUAAAGUUUGUGGCAUCCUUGAUGUAAACGCGUUUGAAGCAAGGACCCAGUCGGGUUACAGUAUAAGAUGCUUGUAUCCGAAAUUGGCCAUAUUGAAUCAUAAUUGUGUCUCGAACAUUACCCACUCCAUAGAAUCGACAGGUGUUGGGGACGAAAACGAUUUUAGGGUUAAUGUAAGGGCGAACGUAGCCGUUAAAAAGGGAGAAGAAUUGUGUUCAAGUUACACUUAUUCCCUAUGGCCAACAAUAGUUCGCAGGGAGUUUCUUAAAGAAAGUAAAUAUUUUGAAUGUUGUUGCAAAAGGUGUACCGACCCCACUGAAUUAGAAACGCAUAUGAGUAGUUUGAAAUGUAAUAAAUGCGACAAUGGCUUAAUUACAUCGAUUAAUCCUUUAGAUGACAGUGCAAUUUGGAAAUGUUCUCAUUGUACAUUCACGACGCCAUCGGAAGCAGUUAGGAAAGUCUUUGCAAAAAUUCAGUCGGAAAUUGACGAAGUAGAAUAUCUAGAAGGUGGACAGGCUAUAGAACAUAGAGAACAAUUGUGCAGAAAGUAUAAGUCUGUUCUUCAUCCCCGGAAUGCUUACAACGUGAUUCUCAGGGUGGCAUUGAGCCAAUUGUACGGGAAGAUUGAUGGCUAUAGUUUGGAAGAUUUACCUGAUUUACUACUUGAAAGGAAAAUGGAGAUGUGUAAACUGGUUCUUCAAGUCGCCGAUGUCAUAGAACCAGGAUGUUCCAGAUUACGGGGCUUAACUCUUUACGAACUCCAUGUUCCAUUGAUUCUGCUCGCCAAAAAUCAGUACGCAGCUGGAGAGAUAGAUAAAGAUGGUUUGAGGAAAAAAUUAAAUGAAGCUAUAGAGGUGUUGGAAAAAUCAGUUAAAAUUCUUUCUUUAGAACCUCCAGGUACUACAGAAGGAACUUUAGGUCAGAUGGCGAACCAAAAUUUGACUCAACUCAAAGAAAAUUUAGAAAUCAUGAUCGAAACUGCUGAUCAGUAUUAGAACGUUACUUUAUAAUGACGGUAUUAAUGUAUUAAAAUAAUUUAAAUGUUUAAUAAACAAUCUGAAGAUA